AUGAUCCAGAGCCUCCGCAUAACAGAGCUGGACUUGUCCAAGCAGUACCGCAAACUGUUGACCAUACAGACUUUCAUUGCAAUGAACACGGCGACCAUCACCCCUUUGGCGACCUUUGCAACCUUUGUGAUUGUUUCCAAGACCACUGGUCAGCCCUUGAACAUGGAGUCUGCGUACACCUCGCUCUCGCUGAUAUACCUCUUGUCGAACCCCAUGGUUGUCGUAUUUCGUACCAUCCCAUUCGUCAGUGCCGCCCUCGCGUGCUUUUCUCGCGUCCAAAACUACUUGUUGUUAGAGAGCUGUACCGAUUACAGACUGCCCUUGAGCGAACGAGAUCAUAAUUCAAGCCAAAACGAUGGUAAAGGAGACACGCUUGUAGCGAUAUCAGGAGCCAGUUUUGGCUGUGUUCCCGGAAAGCCGGACAUCCUCAAAGACAUCACCGUCAACAUUCGCAGGUCUUGCUUCACCUUCGUCAUCGGACCUGUGGGCUCGGGCAAGAGCACUCUCAUGCGAGCCAUUUUGGGAGAAGUCCCGCUCCGAGCUGGUUUCAUACAUGCCGAUCCCGGCAACAUUGCGUUUGUUGGUCAGCAGCCUUGGAUCCAGAACCUGACGAUACGCCAGAAUAUCCUAGGCAGUGCUAGCUACGACGCAGAAUGGUACGACAAAGUUGUCUACGCGUGCGGACUGGAGCAGGAUAUUGGCGAGCUCCCUGACGGAGAUGCGACAAAGGCAGGCAGCGCGGGAUUUUCGUUGAGCGGCGGCCAAAAGCAGCGACUCGCCUUGGCCCGAGCCGUCUACUCCAGGGAAAAGACAGUCUUGUUGGACGAUGUGUUUGCAGGGCAGGACGCGGCGACCGAGGAGCACGUCUUUCAAAAUCUUUUUGCGGAGACGGGUCUCUUCCGGCAGAAGAGCAUGACUGUGAUCUGUGUCACAAAUGCCAUCCACAGACUCGCCUAUGCCGAUCAUGUGGUCGCUCUGGAUGUGAGCGGCCAUAUCGUGCACCAAGGCUCAUUCGCCCAACUUCAAUCCGAUACAGAUUAUCUGCAUGGGCUGGCAGUCGAACAGAACGGCGCGAAUGAAGAGCGGGACUCCGCUAAAGCAUCGGUGCAGCGUCGCCACGAGACUGUCCCCCGGCACCGAUCCGAAAAAGAUGCUGACCAGAACAGCGACGACUCUGAAUCUCCCGGUCGAGUUCUCGGCGAGUUUGCCACAUAUACAUAUUACUUUGGCUCUGUCCCUGUAUGGCACACCAUACUGCUCGCUGCCCUCAUCAUUCUGUUCGCGGGAGGUCAUCAGAUGACAGCACUCGUACUCAGCUUCUGGACGGACACUGAGGAAGAAUCCGGCCAAGCCGCCAAUGACUACUACCUUGGGCUCUUCGGGAUGCUCACCGGUCUCGCCGUCUUGGGCAUCACAGGGGCAGCCUAUUUCUAUCUGGUCGUCAUGGUGCCUUUGAGCUCCGAGGUUCUCCAUGCUCGGCUUCUACAUUCCGUCAUGAAUGCCCCUGUGGCCUUCUUCUCACGCACCGACGUCGGGGUCACCACAAAUCGCUUCAGCCAGGACAUGUCGGUCGUCGACACCGAGCUGCCCUUCGCCCUUGUGGAUUUCUGCGUCAACUUUGCCCUCAUCAUCAUGUCGGUCAUCCUGAUGUGCGUCUUUUCAGGGUAUUUUGCAGCCGCACUUGUGCCCUUUGUCGCUUUCUGCUGUUCACUGACCCCAAGCUACUAUGGCUAUGUGCCAACAGUGCUGCAAAAGUUCUACGUGCGGACGUCUCGCCAGAUCCGACUGUUUGAUCUUGAAGCAAAAUCUCCCCUUUUCACGCAGUUCCUCGACCUCCUUCAGGGCCUGUCCACGGUGCGGGCGUUCGCAUGGGGCCCACGCUUCAUCGAGCGGUACCUGGACCUCCUCGACGCCUCGCAACGACCGUUUUACCAGCUCUUCUGCAUCCAGCGCUGGCUGGGCCUCGUGCUCGACUUGAUGACCGCCGUCCUCGUGACGGUCAUGAUGGUCCUGGUCGUCAAGCUGCGGGCACAGCUGUCGGCGCAGUACGUGGCUCUGGCCUUCGUGCAGGUCAUGUCGUUCGGCCAGUCGCUGGCCCACGUCAUCCAGGACUGGACGCAGCUCGAGACGUCGUUCGGCGCCGUCGCACGCGUCAAGACGUUCUGCACCGUCACCGAGUCGGAGAACCGGCCCGCUGAGACGGGUGUCGUGCCCGAGGACUGGCCGGCGCACGGCCGCGUCACCAUCGAGAAUCUGGUGGCCUCGUACGAUGCGCGCGGCGACGAGCCCGUCCUGCGCGGCGUGAGCCUUGACAUCCCCGCCGGCGCCAAGGUUGGCAUCUGUGGCCGCAGCGGGAGCGGCAAGAGCUCCCUCCUGGGCUGCGUCCUGCGCCUCCUUGAAGUCGGCCCCGGCUCGCGCAUCACCAUCGACGGCGUCGACAUCACGACGCUGCCACGGCAGGCUGUGCGCGCUGCAGUAGCCGUUGUGCCGCAGCACCCUUUCUUCCUAAAGCAUACGAGCCUCCGCGACAACCUUGUCGUCCUUCGCCGACAGCAGCGCCAGCAGGAGCACGAACAGCAGGAGCAGCAGCAGCUAGCUGUAGACGACAAGAUCCUCCAAGUCCUGCGCCGGCUCAAGAUGGACGAUGUUGUAGAUCGACUGGGCGGCCUAGACAGCCCGCUGGACGCCGACCGGCUCUCGCAGGGCCAGCGCCAGCUUCUCUGCAUCGCCCGGGCCAUGCUGGCAGGCAAGCGCAUCAUCCUGAUCGAUGAGGCGAGCAGCAAUGUCGACGAGCGGUCCGAACGGCUCAUCAGGGACGUCAUGCGCGAGCAAUUUGCCAGCUGCACCGUCAUUGCCGUUGCGCAUCGCCUCGGUGCCGUCGUCGACUUCGAUCGUGUUGCUGUCAUGGGCGGUGGUCGGCUCCUAGAAUGGGAUAGUCCUCGCGCUCUCCUGGAGCGAGAUAGCGAAUUCAAGAAACUUUGGGAUCUUGGGGCGAAUUAG